AAGUGUCACGAACUAUCACGCACUGCCAUAUACAUGACGAAACGCAAACAUAAUUUUUCCUCUUAGGCAGAAAGGCAAACGUUAAGUGUCCUACUACAGCAUUAAUAAGUGCAGUUUAUCCUAACUGAAUUAGCACAUCGUAACUUUGCCAGCUAUUUCACGGGAAAACGGUUUGCCGAAUUUGCGAGCAAAAGUUUAGAAAUGGACAACUUGACCGAAGUGGGGACCAGACCCAGAGCUGCCCAUCUCAGUCACAAACCGUACCGAACCCGGGACCGCGGCCACCUCAGGGAAAGCGAAAUAGCACAGGCGACAAUUUCAACCUCCUCCUUUUUCUAAACCACCGGAGUCGUUUUCAACAAUGGCAUUAGCAAUUUGACCUGGCAAUUCGGUCAUGAAUGUGAGCCACAAACAAAUCCCUUGUUUCUUACUUAGGUUCUUUAGACCGUGACCAUGUUUUACAACACUGCCGACUUAUUUGUGUUACUUUCACUAAACAAAUUAAUCUGUUAAGAGCUAUCUGCACUGUCUGUGCAUAUCAGUAAGCAUAAUUUAAGUAAGUGCAAAUAAGUGCAUUUUUGACAAAUUGUAGUUUUCAGUGAAAAAUGAAUCAGCAGUAAAGUUGUAAGCUCUCGGGUCUCUCUUCAGCAUACUAGAGGAGUGCGCAAUUAAAAAUUAAACCUCCUUCACUCUGUCUUAAGCUUCUGUUUUAAGACAUGGUCAAGUACAAUGCCGCAUCGCUGGCCGUGGUCGUCGGUAAUUACACACAUUUCUGUUCCGAAACUGAAAAAUAAGUUUUAAAAACAGUGAAACCAUUUUAAAGACCCUAAGGAUUUAAUACUUGCAGUGGAGAGCACUCUACACCACCUAAUAAACGCUGAGGAGGUGGUUUUGGUUGUUCCUAAAGCCAUGGGUUGAUUCCCGUGAAGGCUCACGCCCCCGGCACGGGGUGGAAGUCUGGCAGGGUGUCUCUCCCUUCCCCUUCUCCUCGCAGGAGCGGGCGCGGGGGGCUCAGGACAGACCCGGGCUUGGCCCCGCCAGCUCAUCGACACCAGGGGUGGCCUCGGGCACAAAAAGAAAUGCCAGAAGAGGUGGCACCUACGGCCUACCCACCGGGACUGCUUCACCCCCGGCAGCACGCAACCCUCCCGCGCGAAUUUUCACAGCAGGAGAAGGCAGAAUGGGAGAACUUAAACAAACUGUUAAUGCGUCAUGGGUUGAAACCGGUGAGUCUUGCUGCCCCCCAAAGCUGCAGAAAUAUAUCAGAUAUGAUUGUCUUAGACAGUCAGUCUUCUCUAGGAAUAAGACUUGCAUUAAAAACGCUGGUGGAAGACACCGACCGACAGCAGAAAAUGAUGCAGGGGCUUAUGGAGGCUAAUCGUUAUCUUAGGGAUGAGGUAAGACAGGAACGAGGUCGGGCAUCUCGACAAGAACAACGGGCUAAUGAUUUGGAAAAUGUGGUGAAAAACAUUAAGUCCAAAAUCUGUCAGCUGGAGGAUGAGACAAUAGCUAAAGUUUGCCAGCAACAGAAUCAAGUCAAAGAACUUCAAAAAGAUCAACAGGCUUCACAGGCAAAAUACCAACAGCAGCAGGAAAAGCUGCAAGAACAGGAAGAGAUUAUUGCCCGUUUGCAGAAGGAGCUGUGCAAAGUUGGGAUGGAGGAGCAACGGCGCGCUGUCGCUCAAAAUAAAAUGUUUUGUCGGUUUUGCAAAAGAGCUCCCAAGUCUCUUCUAGAUCAGCAGUUCCUUUGUCUAAUUAAUUAUUAUGAAUCUCAAAUUAGUCAAAUGAAAAAGGAGCUAAGGCAAUAUAAAAAAGAUGAAGACCAGGUACAGAGAGAAGUAAAAAGCAAGGAAGAAUUCUUGUAUCUAGAUGCUACUCCUCAUUAUAGAGCACUGCUCACGUCUUUCCAGAAACAACUUGUUGAAACAAAAGCCAGGAAUGAACAGCUUUUGCUUGAAAAUACAAAUCUUAAGAAAGAUUUGGAAAUAAGACCAACUGCACAGGAAUUAAAACUUUACAAGCACCAAGUGAAGAAACUAGAGAAAAUGUUAAAGAAAACUACCCACUCUUUGGGGAGUAGUACCAGAGAAAGAACAGAAGAAAAGAAAGAACCUGAGAGUAUCCCAGGAGUAGAUCAGCUGCAGGCAGUUUGCCAGCAAUACUUACGGGUUUUGUCCCAUAUUGAUUCUACUUUGCAAAGUCCAAGAGCUCCUCCAUUAAUAUACAGGCGCAGUAAAGGGCCAGUGCAAAAUUGCGUUAAAGAGAAUGGGCAGGAAUGUGGAUUUGAGCACCUUCCGCUUACUAUAGAGAUGUGGGCAGAUCAGCUUAUGGCCCUAAAGGACUUGCAUAGGUCCUUGAGAAAACUGUCUCUGGAAUUGGUGCCCUGGCACGCUGCAGAUCCCCAGGAUAACAGAGAAGCCAUAAGAGUUGAAGACCUCCAGUUCAUCGUAGAUGCAAUUUUGGAAGAAAUAGAAAAUAAGGAAAAGAACAGCCAGACACCAUCCUUACCAACCCUGUUUGCAAUAGUCUCUCACUUCCAGAAGCUCUUUGACGUGAAUUCUCUGAAUGGCGUUUAUCCACGAAUGAAUGAGGUUUACACAAAGCUUGGGGAAAUGACCAACGCUAUGAGGAAUCUCCAUGAGCUCCUGGAACUAGACAGUUCAGCUCCACCCACUGUGGUAGUGGAUACUGUUGGGAAACUGUGUGACAUAAUUAAUGAGAAUGUGACUGAGCAGGUACAGCGGCUUCUGGGGACCCAAGACAUCCACAGCAUAAUCACUAAGCUAGAAGAACACGAGUGCUUCUUUCCACCAUUUCAAGCUCUCAUUCAAGAUUUGCUCUGUCUUCUAGAGAUCAGUAACCUGGAUGAUAUUUUACCUACUGUGCGAAACCUGAAGUUGGUAGCUAGCUAAGAGUGAGCAAGAUUUACCUUACCUGUGAACGCACCCGUUGAUGAGUAAGACAUUACAGCUACCUCCAACCUCUGUUACCCUAGUCAACAGUUUCAAGUUUUUUUGACAUAAAUAAAAGCUGGUGCAUUUUUUUCCAUUUUUCAUAAUUCUUGUUUCAUGGUCAAUUUAAGAAAAGCUUACUGUAACAGCUAUCACCCGGUCUACUCGAUGCCAGAGACAACCAAUACGCUCUGGACCAGGCUAGGAAACUGAACCCAGCACAAAGCCAGACUUCCUGUAACCACGGCGCAUUGUGAAUGUUGCUGACACAGUAAGUAGGAGAUAAAGGUGCUCUAAUGGCCUCAGCCAUAACACUUCUAUCAGUUGCCUCGCUUGGCUUU